CGCGCCGCUGCUGUUGUUUACAUGUGGAACGUUUCCCCGCUGUCCGCCGCCUGCCGCCUUCACCCCCGCCUGGAGCCGUUGUUUUGAGCAUCGUCCACGUCCCCGGCGCGCCAUGGGGUCCUCCAAGAAGAGCAAGGAGAAGGAUCGGUCCAGGGAGGAGCGGAAGGAGAAGAAAAGGAAGAGGCGCUCACGGUCGGGGUCGCGAGAGAAGGACAGAGAGGGCAGGCAUCACCACAGGCACCACCACAAGCACAAGAAGCAGCGCACCAAGAGGCGGGAGGAGCCCUCGCCCACCCUCUCCCCCAGCCUGAGUGAUGACAGUCUGUCUGAUGUGGAGCAGCUGCUGCAGCUCAAGGAUGAAGGACCAGCUUUCCACGGGCGGAGUGCUCCUCCUCCACCCUCCCUGAAGGCCGCCUCGCCCUCCACCCAGCCUCCACCACCUCCUGUCUUGUCGUCGGGGGGAGAUAGUUCGCUGUCCAUUGAGGAGACCAACAAGAUACGAGCCAAGCUGGGUCUCAAGCCUCUAAAGCUUGAUUCAGGUCCUGUGAAGGAAGAAGAUCCCUCCAGAGACCACAAAGAAGGCGUGCUUAUUGAGAGCCAAGGCGAGACAUUCGUCCACAAGCCUGCUGAGAGCCUUGCCCAGAAAUUGGAGGUACAAAAACUGAGGGAGAAGAUAGCAGCUCAGCGUGAGAAGCGGCGCAUCAAGGAGUCCCUGAGCAAGGUGAAGAAGCUUGCCGAGUCAGACAGCGAUGAUGAGUCUGCCUCUGCCUGGGUCCAGAAGUCCCGGGCGCUGGCCAAGGAGAAGGCGCUUGCCGAGAAGAAGAGUAAGAUGCUGGAGGAGCUGGACGCCCAGUUUGGCAUUGGGGACUUGGUGGAGCAGGACCUGUCGGAGCAGAAGAUGAAAAAGUACAGCCGCAAGAACCUGUAUGGACUGCAGGUGCAACACGAGAUGACGAGGUUUGAGGAUGGCAGUUCCACCAUCUUGACCCUGAAGGACAGCUGCAUCCUGGACGCGGAGGAGGACGCACUUGUGAACGUCAAUAUUGUGGACGAUGAGCGGGCCGAGAAGAACCUCAAGAGGAAGAGGGAGAAGCCUGACGAGGUGGAGUACGAGGCGCCGGAGGUGGACGCUGCCGGUAACAUCAUCCAGCGCACUCUGCUCACCAAGUACGACGAGGAGAUUGAGGGCGAGAAGAGGAAGAGCUUCAGGCUGGGUGCGGGUGGGAUGACGAGCACCCAGGAGGACGUGCCCGAGGCUGUACGGCGCAUAGCCAAACUGCGGCGGCUGCAGAACCUGGAGAUGCCUCAGGCCCAGCUGGCGGCCGAGUACCUCACCGAGAACGAGAUGGUGAGCUUCCGCAAGGUGAAGAAGACCAAGAAGAAGAAGAAGAAGAAGCUCACUGUUGACGACCUGGAGCCUAUGGAAGAGGACAGCUCCCUGGUACACCUUGGGUCCAGACACGCCCGCCAGGCCAGGAUAGAUGCCAUGCAGGUUGACGGGGACGAGGCUGAGGCUGAGGAAGGGUCAGGCAAGGCUAGCGGCUUCACUGGUAGUGGGUUCCGAUCUUUGAGCCUCAAGGAACUACUGGAGGAGCAGGAGCAGGUGAAGGAGGAGAGGAUUGGGGACACGGAGGAGGUGCCAGAUGUGGAGCAAGAUGACAUAGAGCUGCAGGAGGCUUUGGCACGCUCCAGGAGGGCCAAACUGGCGCAGAAGAACCAGCCAAGCAGCGAGAGGAUCCUGGAGGUGGUGAAGGAGAGGAACGCAGCCAGAAAGGUAGAGGAGGACAUGGAGGAGGAGGAGGAGGAGGACCUGCUCAUGACGCUCAACACUACGGAUGAGUUCUGCCGCACCCUUGGGGACCUGCCCACCUAUGGCCUCUCAGGGAACCGUGCUGAGGAUGACCAGUCUAUGCUGCAGCUUCAGGCACCUAAGGAGAAGGAGGUCCAGGAGCCACGAGGAGCCUGGGAGGAAGUGGGGAUAGAUGACACACGCGUGGAGAUCACCGACAGCAUGACGGUGCCCAUCCUGGAGGAGGAACCGGACGCCAGUAAGGGGGUGGCCAACGCCCUCAAGCUGGCCCUCAAGAAAGGAUACCUGGAGAAGACCAAUGCGUCCAAGCCUGCCAACGCGGCCCUCCAGCACCUCAGGGCCAUUCACUACAGCAUUGAGGACAAGACGAUGGAUGACGAGAGGGGGCGCGGCCGAGGGGAGCGCUACAUGGGCCCGGUGACGGAGUUCAAGGACAAGGAUGGGUACAGGCCGGAUGUCAAGCUGGAGUAUGUGGACGACGAGGGGCGAAAAUUGAACGCUAAGGAGGCAUUCAGGUACCUCUCACACAAGUUCCACGGCAAGGGCUCCGGGAAGAACAAGACCGAGAAGAGGAUGAAGAAGUGGAACGAGGAGCUGCUGAUGAAGCACAUGAGCUCCUCCGACACACCGCUGCAGACACUGGAGCGGCAGCGGGAGAAGCAGCGGCAACUUGGAGCAGCUUAUCUCGUCCUCUCGGGAAGCAAAACGCAGGAGACCAUGGAUGUGAAGAAAUGAGGGAGUGGAGGGUUAGGUAGAUAAUAAAUUGUGAGAGUUAGUUUGAAGAAGUGAGGGAAUGAAGGGUAAGGAAGGGAGUAAUAUGCAAGAAUUGAGUUAAAGAAAUGGGAGAGGGAUGAAGGAAAAUGCAGAACUCCAUGAAUGUAUAGAAGUGAGGGAGUGAAGAGCUUGGGAGAGAGGGAAUUGUAGGAGUUAAUCUGAAGAAGUGAGGGAAUGAAGGGUAAGGAAGGGAGUAAAAUGCAAGAAUUGAGUUAAAGAAAUGUGAGAGGGAUGAAGGAAAAUGCAGAACUCCAUGAAUGUGAAGGGGCAGGGAGAGAGGGAAUCGUAGGAGUUAAUCUACAGAAGUGAGUGAAUGAAGGGCUAGGAAGAGAGUAAAAUCCAGUAGUUAAUUCAAAGAAGUGUCCGAGGUAGGGUCGUAAAAUCCAGGAGUGAGUGAUUUGAGUGUGUGAAGGGUGAGGAAGUAAAGGGUUAGGCAGGGAGAAAGUGAAUUACACGAGUCAAGCUGAAGAAGUUAGUGAAUGAUAUGUAAGGGAAAAAGUAAAAUAAAGGAGUUAAUUUAAAGAAGUAUGAGAGCAAUGGAGUACAAUGAAGAUGUGAAUGGGUGAAGUGAGAGAGGGAGGGAUUAAUAUGCAGGAGACAGUCUAAAGAAGUGAAUGAGUGUGUGACCUUCGAGAAUCACUGGAGGUUAAGAAAUGUGUGAUCGAGUGAGUGAGUGAGUUUUAGGAAGCAGUGCAAACAAGGAUUAUAAGUUUAGCGAGUCGAUGGAGUUUGCAAAGGAGUAAAUGAUACCAAAAUCUCAUGUACCUAUGUAGUAAUUAUUAUGGCGUGUGUGUGUGUGUGUGCGGUUGUGUUUUUAUCUGUAUGUUUGCGAUUUUGAGUGACAACAAAAAAAGGCAUUGAAUCUUAUGUACAAAAUUGCAAUGCUUUAGUUUAUUUUAGUUUCCCUAUUCAAGUGGCGAAAAAGGUGUUUAGUGUGUGGUGUGAGAGAGAGAGAGAGAGAGAGAGAGAGAGAGAGAUUGUUAGUGGUGAUAGACAUCCUUGUAUAAAUAGUUUCAAAUAGCUUGUCGGAAAUAUUUCUAUCCAGAUGAUUUAUACUUGACUGAUAUAAUUAAAGGUUUCCGAGUCU